CUACAUUUGUUUAAAUAAUGCAUUUUCAAACAUAACUAUUUAAUGUCGCUCUCCCUAACAUAGUAUUUUCUUAUUCAAUUUAAAAUUUAAAUAUAGACGUUAAUGGCAUUUUUAAAUCAGGCAUCCGCCUGAGCAGCUAUCACUAUGUGUAACUGUGAGGACAAACUUGUAGAUGUUGAGGUGGCAGUUUGGCUAGAACCGCUAUUGCAUUUUAUUGUGUGGUUUCUGAUUGUUUUAACCUAAAAUUAUUUUUUUCUACUAUAAUUGUGGUAAAUAUUUUUAUGUCAUUGCACGGAGACACGUUACCCGUGAGAACGGUUUCCACACAUCUGCAGCAUAAACUGUGUUUUCGCUGUCAUCAUUAGUCAGCCAGCUCAUCAAACAUCUAUUUAUUAUUACCUGUUUACAUUUAAUCGAGACGUGCUGGAGACCCAGAAGUAACUGUUACGAUGUCUAUGAGAAGAGUGAAUGUGAUCAUCCUUGUGCUGCUGGCUAUAGCCUUCCUCAUCAUAAUUCAAAGAAAUCUUCUUAACCUCAGUGACUUUUUGCAUAAGGAAAACCCAGAUGCUGGAAUGAUUCUUCCCUUUGAGUCCGAGCUGUCUCCUACCCUCAAGAAGGAGCCGGUGAGGAAAGGAGAUGAAAUCCCCGUCCUCAUCACCGCUGCUGAGGAGAGACUCGGUGCUACAGUCGCUGCCAUGAACAGCAUCUACUUUAACAGCAAAGCCAACGUCGUCUUCACUAUUGUGACUCUGAAUGACACAGUGGAACACCUUAAAGUGUGGCUGAGUAAGACGAAGCUGAAAAACAUUAAAUACAAAAUAUUGACUUUCAAUCCAGAGAUUCUCAAAGAGAAGAUACCCAAAGAUCCCAAGACAGCAGAAGCCGCAAAACCGUUGGAUUUUGUCAGAUUUUAUUUACCGACAUUUUUACCUGAUGCAGAGAAAGGUAUCUAUGUAGAUGAUGACAUCAUUGUACAAGGGGACAUUCGGGAGCUCUAUGACACAAACGUCAAACCAGGACAUGUGGCAGCCUUCUCAGAUGACUGUGACUUAGCUUCUGCUAAGGCGAUUGUUCGUGGGGCAGGGAAUCAGAACAACUAUUUAGGUUUCCUAGACUUUAAGAAGGCAUCAAUCAAAAAGCUGGGCAUGAGAGCCAACACAUGUUCAUUUAACCCGGGGGUCAUCGUCGCUAACCUGACUGAGUGGAAGAACCAGAACAUCUCUCAGCAGCUGGAUCACUGGAUGGAGCUGAACACAAAGGAGGAUCUGUACAGUAAGACCAUGGCAGAGAGCAUCACCACACCUCCUUUGCUAAUCGUUUUCUAUAGACGUCACUCCACCAUCGACCCCUUGUGGCAUGUCAGACACCUUGGUAACACAGGAGCUGGAAACCGUUACUCCUUACAGUUUGUGAAAGCAGCUAAACUCCUGCACUGGAAUGGACACUACAAACCCUGGGGCAGGACGUCCGCUUUUACUGAAGUGUGGGACAAGUGGUUCAUUCCUGACCCCACAGGAAAGUUUCACCCCGUGCGACGACACGCAGGAGACAAGUAGACUAAAAAGCCCUGGGUUUAAAGGAGUGGUUGACCCAACAGGCCGAGCCAGCCCAUGUCCCAGCAGAACCACAUACAAUGACGUCUCAGGAAGUGUUUAAGGCCUUGACGCUAUUUCAAAUAUUCCGUCCACUGAACAUCACGACCUGCGUAGACUUUCUCAGAAGAGCA